AUGUUCAAGUUCAAGAGCACGGCAUUCCUACUCGCGUUGCUCAAAGCCGCCUCCUGCGCGCAGCCCGAGGCCCAGGAGCCAAUAGCAGCGCCUCUGCGUGAGCUCCCCUGGGCACAGCUCAACUUCCUGCAUACCACCGACGUACACGGCUGGUGGGGUGGCCACCUCCAAGAAGCCUCUUUUGCAGCGGACUGGGGCGAUUAUGUUUCUUUUGCCAAGCACAUGCGCGACAAGGCUGACGCACACGGCGUGGACCUACUGGUCGUCGAUACGGGAGACAGAGUAGAAGGCAACGCUAUCUACGACUCCUCGAAGCCUCGUGGGAAGUUUACUUAUGAGAUUGCAAAAGAGCAGCACAUCGACUUGAUCAGCUCUGGUAACCAUGAGCUCUACAAGGCGGACACGGCUGAAGGCGAGUAUUAUCAUACAGUCCGGGACUUCCAAGGAAGCUAUCUAGCCUCUAAUCUGGACAUCUACGACCCAAAGACUGGAUAUUUAGAGCCGCUUGCACCGCGGUACAAGAAGUUUACAACAAAAAACCAGGGGAUCCGCAUUCUGGCAUUUGGCUUCAUUUUCGAUUUCACAGGUAAUGCAAACAACACUGUAGUAACACGAGUCGAGGAGACUGUAAAGCAAGAUUGGUUCAAGGAGGCGCUAAAAGACAAGAACCUUGACUUGAUCGUUGUCUUUGGCCACGUCGAUAUACGCUCAGCUGAGUAUGCCGUGCUGUUUUCUACCAUCCGAGCUGCACACAAGGACCUGCCGAUUCAGUUCUUCGGUGGUCAUUCACACAUCAGAGACUACAAAAUAUUUGAUGACAAGUCCGUUGCACUUGAGAGCGGACGAUAUAUGGAGACAUUAGGUUUCAUGUCAAUCGAUGGUCUCAGUACUGGCGGCAAGGACGGUAGCGCAGCUACUCCUCAGAAGUCGGAAGUCACCUUCUCUCGCCGCUACAUUGAUAAUAACCUCUUCUCGCUACGCCAUCACAGCGGUAAAGACGAUGAGAGUUUCCCUACUGAGCACGGUCUGAAUGUCUCCAGAGCUAUUGGCGACGCCAGAGAAUCCCUCGGUCUAACUAAGAAGUAUGGCUGCGCUCCACGCAAUCUUUGGAUCAGCAGACGCCCAUACCCGCACAAAGAGAGCAUUCUGUCUUGGAUCGAAGAGGAGGUGUUUCCUGACUCGAUUGGCGGAUCUCAGCGUAUGAAGAGCGGCAGUAAAGCACUUGUUCUCCAGAACACCGGCGCUAUCCGCUUCGACAUCUUCAAAGGUCCAUUCACCAAGGACACCAAGUUCCUCGUCUCGCCCUUCACGAGCCCGUUACGACUUAUCAAAGACGUGCCCUACAAAGCAGCGAGCCAGGUGAUCAAGCUCCUCAACAACGGAGGCCCGAUAGCACUCGAGAUGAUGGAAGCCAACGCGUUUCUCCAACCUCCUGAAGUAACUGCCGUGCGCUUCCGCCCCUCUCUCCUCUCAUCAGCCUCAGACCGCUUCGAUGCUGAGCCCAGCGCCAACCAACUCCCCAUGCUCGGCAACGAAGCAGGUCUAACCCCGGGCUACACAACACGCGACGACGCCGGCACCGACGGCGACGAUACCAUCCACUCCAAGAUCGCCUUCUACAACGUGCCCAACUGCAUCCAAUCGAGCGUCGGCUUCGAUCCGGACAGCCGUGACGACGAACCGCAGGUAGUGGAUCUAAUGUACAACGAGUUCAUCCAGAAGUGGGUGCUCAUGGCGCUGCAGUACAUGGGGCAGAAGUACACGAGCGACGACACGGAAGCGUAUGCCGGCGGGAAGAAGUUUACGGACAUCAUGACGGAGUGGGUACAGGAGCACUGGGCUUCCGAGGGGGAGUGUCCCAAGUAG